AUGUUCACGACAAGUACCGUUCAAGCCGGCAAUGUUCCUACUCUGCAGUAUCAAGAACAUCCAACACAAAAGUCACAAGGCAAGAACAUUGAAAAUGUACAGCAAAAAGGCGGUCAACAGACCCAACAACAGGAAUUUCCAACAUUUUGUUAUACAACUAAUGUUAAUAUGAUAGGAAAAAUUGGAACUGGAAAUGCUAGUGGGACUGGUGGGGUGAACAUAGCUCAACUGACUACAAGUGAUGACAAGACUUGCUAUAUAGCUCAACCAUUCUCCUAUAAUUAUGCCUUGGUAAACCAAAUGCAGAUUGCACCUAAUGGAAUUCAGAACACAAUAUCUAAUAUAAGCUUUAAAUGUGAUGUAUGCGGUCUUAUGUUUGGACAUCUAACUUUACUUAAUGCCCAUAAAAGGAUACAUGCACAAGAUACUGAAAAUAACAUAACAGUCGUAGCCACAGGUGUUAGCACAGCAAAUGAAGUAGCGAUGCCACCUCACAUACAAAUUCUCUCAUCAGACCCCACAGAGCAACAACAGCAUCAUGUACAAAUUCAAGAUACUAAACCAGUUAUUAUAGAUAAAGUUCAGAAAUGUAUUACAUGUGGUGGUGUUAUAACAAACAAUCCUAAAAGAAAAGGACCUAAACUUAUACGCUGUGAAAAUUGCAUUGCUCAGGAUUCUGUGGAUCAACAAAGGAACAAUCAAAUGAAUACAACACAAAUUCUGGUGGCGUCAGAUGAAAAUGUCAAGUUUGAAGUAGGUGGUGUAAGCACAGUGCAGUCUGCUACCGAUCCAUUAGCAACCACUCAGACAAACCAUACAUCACAGCAACCCCAAAAACCUUUGCCAGGACAUCAUCCUGUGAAGAAAAGAACAUUGGCUUCUGUCACAAAAUGUCAGAAUUGCAAUGGUUCUGGUAUAAUAUUUAUUGGAGGGAAUAAGAACAAACAUAAUCAACCUGACAUGGACAAACGUUUCCACUGCAAUAUAUGUGGGGGCUCCUUCUCAAGAUACUCCUCACUAUGGUCUCACAAAAAGUUACACUCUGGAGAGAAGAAUUUUAAAUGUGGAAUUUGUGGUAUUGCAUUUGCAAAGGCUGUUUAUCUUAAAAACCAUUCUAGAAUACAUACAGGAGAGAAACCAUACAGAUGUAGUACAUGUGGUAUGCAGUUUUCUCAAUCGCCGCAUUUAAAAAACCAUGAAAGAACGCAUUCCGGGGAAAAACCAUAUGUCUGUGAGGUAUGUGAUAAAGGUUUUGCUAGGCAUGCAACAUUGUGGAACCAUCGUCGUAUUCACACUGGAGAGAAGCCGUACAAAUGUGAAACGUGCGGUUCGGCGUUCAGUCAAGCGGCUCAUCUUAAAAAUCACGCUAAAGUACACUCUGGUGAGAAACCAUUCAAGUGCGAUAUUUGUACUGCCGCAUUUGCUGAUCGCUUUGCGCUAAAAAGACACAGGGGAAUCCAUGAUAAAUAUGGCCAAACUGCUCCCCUGCCUUCACGGGUUCAACUUAGUCAGCAAGAGCAACAAGGAACUCAACAGCAAACCAGUGAGCAACAACAACAGAAUAUGCAGCCCGCAGUCGAAAUAGAAAUCCGCCCAGAACAGACUCUU